GCAGGAGCGAAAAAUGAGGCUCUUCGGACAAAUGCCUGCACGUCAGCGAGGCUGUGAACGCGGAGAGUUGUGGAUGUCGCGAUCGGGUGUCGCCAUCGAUGCAUCAACAUCUCCCUCUGGUUGCCUCUUGCUAGCAUACAAACAAGCAUCAUUGAGUGAGGCAGUGAAAGGUGAAGAUGAAGAUUGUGUGUUGCAGCAGGUGGUGUCGCCGACAGCCGGCAAUCUCCUGGAGGACUCCAAGCUUCAAAUUGAAUUGUGGCUGUCCACAAUCCCAGAGGGCAUCGCUUCAAUCGCGCCGAUCCCGAACGUCGAAGCUACUGCUGCUGCUGGUCGAUUUGAUGCAGGUGAGGUUGAUGCCCUGCUAAUGCGAUGCCAAUGCCAGGCAGAGAGACAUCACCAAAAAGACUCUGGCGCUACUGCUGAUGCUACUGCUGAUGCUAAUACGAAAACUGGAUGGAUCAAUUGCUACUGUACGAAAUCAAAUCGAUGCGACGAAGCUACUGCCAGGCAGGCAGGUAGGGCUAGAAUCGCAUCUUUGUGCAGGAUCCGAAUUGGCACUGCAUGGCCAGCUUCAUCAGCCGCCCGGCCGCUGCCGGUCGCUGCCAUUGGCCAACAGCGUGCGUUUCGAAUAAGCGCAGAUGCAGCAGAAUAUUCUCGGGAGGCCGUCUGUGCUGCUAUUUUCAGCGCCCUGCCGUUUCGAAAUUCUGCAGCCUGCGACGAUGCAAUGGCCGUGAGCAAAGCAUCGUUUGGCUCCCUCUUCGCGCUCUCUCGAUUCGAUCUAGAUGAGAUGGAUGCCAGAAUUGGCGGCAGCCUGGGUGCACCUUUGCAAUCUGGUAGAAUCUACUCUAGUCUACUGUACCUCUGACCUCACUCACUCGCAUCGGUCGCUUUGAGCAAGCAUCAAUUCAUUCCGUUCAACUGCCCUUCCCCCUUCUGGCUGGCCGCUCAGGAACUGCGAAGACCAAAAACCCACCGUCCGUGGCUAUGGACGCUCAGCCGCUCCGCUAUUGGACUGGCUUCCUCUCUCUCUGCUGCUGCGCAUCCACACUGGGGACGAACAGGAAGGGAGUCAUCGGAGAAGCCCUUGGACUCGCUAGCGCUCUGAAGAUGCCUCACAUGCCUCGCCGGGGAGGAAACCCACUCCCCAUGUUGCCAGUAGGCAGAAAGCGGAAAGACGGCAGGGGUUCAGGUGCAGGACUCUUGUCGAGACUCGAUAUGGCUGGACAAGGAGAGUGGAG